AUUUCAGAUUUUGGCGGAGCAUUCUUCAAAAAUGAACCACCCAAAGAAGUACACACCUCAACCCUACUUCUUCCAUCAGUAUACAUAUUUUAUAAACCGAUUAACCAGGCCGUCGACGUAUGGACUCUCGGGCACCUAUUAUAUGAAACCUUUGGUCAAAGCAGGUUUUUUGGAGGCUUCUACCCGGAUCAAAAUGAUACAGUUAAUGAAAUGAUCAGCACAUUGGGACCUCUUCCUGACCACUGGUAGGACCGAUUGAAAAGCAAGACACAGCACUUCCAUAAGGACGGAUCGUGGAGGGUAGACACAUAUUGUAUACCAGGAAUGGGGCGAGGGGAGGAUCCAACGACGUACGAAUUCAGUCUCAGGGAAAUGGCUUCCAUUGAGGAAUUGUUAAUAGCUAUGUUGUCGUACGAACCCUCAGAGCGUAUUACCAUGAUGGGGCCCAUUGGAACAGCAUCGAUGGAAAACUGGGAUUUGAGCUUAGAGAUGCAGUUUGCUCCGAAUAUGUUAGUAUCUGUUGCUUCCCAGCGGCUCCGGAAAGAUUCUUGGUUGAUAGUGC